AUCCUCGAAUGGAUUGUGUUCGAUCUUUGAAGUUCCUAUUUGACUUUGAGCCAAGCCCAAUAAUCCAAGUGGUUCCCAACUAUUAUGCCUUGCCACACUGGCAUGCAGUGACAGAUCAUCAAGGUUGCCGUGGGAAUGAAUCCAAUUUGACACAAUGUGUCUGAUCAUUGUGAUUCAUUUCUUGAAACUAUACGAUCUUUAUUCAUUCGUGGCGUAAAGUGACAGACAGAAAAAAAAAAAAAAAUUGUGAGUAAAUUGAGACAAGUUAUGCCUUUUGUCACCUAUGAAUUUUUUGUGUGUGUAAAAUUGGUGCUGAGAAAUGCUUUAAGAACCUCGCAGGAAUAUCCCUGUAACAACGCUUUGCUAACUUGGCAGAAGUCAUGUGAUUUCUCAUGGGCGAUUCCACAGUACCAAGCAGUCAGGCAGGUCUUACUGUAAACCACGCGGCUCAGCCAACAUGGCUUUUACGUCACAGCCAAAGAAACUCCAUGGAAGGAAUUGCGAAGCCGAGCUGUAACUUGACUCCUACUUUCGUUUUGCCCGUCCUCUACUGGCCAAAACCCUCCCCGAUGGGGUGAAAGGUCACAUUCUUGGCCGGGAGCCGCUCUUCCAUUGGUCGUUGACUGUGAGCUGACUUCCUAUUUCCUUUGGGCUGGUGCCGCUCAGCUCUUUUAUUUUUGCGUUUGUCGAAUGCUUUACGCCAGCAACGAGAGCAUGUUACCUCAGGCAAGAUGAUGGCACGUUGAGCGGCUGGGUCUCCUUUACUGUCUGCUGCUGCUUCUCUUUGUUCCCUAGAGUCAAGCUGCAGCUUCACCCCACCUCUCCAGCAGCUCUGCUCGCCCCGGGACAUGUCUCAAUGCCCGCCUCCCCAUCCUCAAGCCGGCUCCUCCCGCCACGGUCGCGGCCACCCGCGCCCGCUAACCUCCAAGCCCUUCAACGCCGCCGCCGCUAAGAGCCGGUCCGGGGUGGAGAUGCUGGAGCGCAGUCUGGAGAAGCCCAAGCUGGGGGUGGUGGAGCAACCCAAAGAGCGAGGCAUGAGGUUUCGCUAUGAGUGCGAAGGCCGCUCGGCCGGCAGCAUCCUGGGCGCGUCCGGCAGUGAAAGCAACAAGACUCAGCCUGCCAUCGAGAUUCAAGGUUCCAUCGAGCACUUGAAGAAGGUCACGGUCACGGUUUCCCUGGUGACCAAAGACCCCCCACACCGGCCGCACCCCCACUGCCUGGUCGGAAAAGACUGCCCGAAGGGAUCGGGCAUCUGCGUGGUGACGUUGAAUCCUCACAGCAACCGGCGCCACAGCUUCGCCAACCUGGGCAUCCAGUGUGUGAGGAGGAAAGAACUUGACGUCUCAUUGCAAAAAAGAAGAAGCCAGAAUAUUGACCCAUUUUUAACUGGUCACUCCAAGGGCAUCGAGGACAUGGACAUGAACGCCGUGCGUUUGUGUUUCCAGUGUGAGCUGGAGUGGGAGGACGGCACGAUGGACAGUCUCAGUCCCGUGGUGUCCAACCCCGUCUAUGACAAAAAGGCCACCACGACAUCCCAGUUAAAAAUCAGCCAGCUGAACCAGUACACGGGACCCUGCACUGGCAAGACGGAGAUCUACAUGCUGUGUGACAAAGUGCAGAAAGAUGAUGUCGAGAUCAUCUUCCGGCGCGGCUCUUGGAAAGCAAACGGCGAGUUCGCCCAGACGGACGUCCACCGGCAGAUCGCCAUCGUGUUCAAAACGCCACCCUACCAGGACCAGGACAUCGCGGAGGAAGUGGACGUCUGCGUCACCCUGCGCCGGCUGUCCGACCAAAUGGAGAGCGAGCCGGUCACCUUCACGUACCUGCCAUAUAAUCCAGAUCCAUAUGAGGUGAAGCGCAAGAGAAAGAUCAAGUCAGACAUGAACUUCCAAGACAAAGCCAACGUCACAGCCGAGUGCGCAGCGGCACCGGAACAGACCUUCCACUUCGCUCACGCCAUGUCAUCACCGUGCUCAGCCCAGGCGGGGCCCGGACCUUCGGGGGAGAUGUGCUACCCUGAGCCCCUGGAUGCCAACAUGGACAGUAAAGAUAUGGCCCUCCUCAACCAGCUGAUGGAGAUGCCCGCCCUUGUGGACUUGUUUUCAGACUUACCCACCGUCUCAGCCAUGCCUGAGACUAGUCAGGCCCCCUUUCCCAACAUGGACCCCAACCAGAACUUCGGCCUGUACACGCAGGACUUCUCUCAUUACGCCGACUUGCAGUUCAACAUGCUGGUCAAUGGGAACUGGGAAAUGCAGACCGAGCCACCGGCCAGCCCGUCCAACGUGGUGCAGGUGAAGACCGAAGACGACCUAUGAGGGCAUGAAACUCCGGGUAAUAGUCUGCACCGCAACCGUCACUUAAACAUCUUUCCAUUUUGUUUCAGCUAACAUCAUAUAACAUUAACUUCCUGUAGUUAAGUAGUAAAUUAAGUAGUGCUAGUCAAUCAUAAGGACUUGUUUAUGCAGGGGCUGUUCUUGUGUAUCAAAGUAAAAAUAAUUAUGAACGUCUCAGUAGCCACAAAAUGUACUCAAAUACAAGUACUGCUAUUUUUUUUUAGAAAUUGUUUUGAAUACACUUUUCUUUGUUUACACAUGAAACAGUACAAUUGGCUCACCUAAAAAAUAUUCCAUAGCCAUUUUUCCUGUUGUAGUUAUUACUACGUUUCAUGCAGGUUUGUCCUUUUGAAGAUUGAUAAAGGGAAAAGUAUAUGAAAUGUAGUCUCGAUUUAAUCUCAAAUGUGUCUUUUUUUUCUCCCUCACACAAAAGCUGACACGAUGUAAAGCAUUGAUUUAUUACUUAAACUGCUCGCAAAUUCAUUCUGAAGGCCUUGCUGGUCAUGGCUUUAGUGAAAGGGAGCCGCUCAGCAUUGCCAAAUACUUGAGUGUAUAUGUGUAUAGUAUUUGUUUAUUUUAUAAAUUGUCAUGUGCCUAAGUUUAGACUGAAAAAUUCUGAACUGUUUUCUUGUCAUUAUUGAGUCAUGGGAUAUUUCAAGUUUCACUCUCAAAAGGAACUGGCGUGUUUGCCAGCGCACUUAAACAAACCUGUCGAACAUUCCAAUGUAAAUAAACACUGCGAUGACGGGAAAAGUAAAACAUGACAAAAAUCAA